UUCCAUAAAAGUAAGAAUAUAACUAUAUUUGCCUUCCAUAAAAACAAGUAUUUAGGAACGUAACAACCAGAACUAGGCUCAGUUCUUAGACAUUUGUGCAUAGAUGACUUGAUUCAUUUGAUAUGGAUCCAGGUACUGAUGUUGAUCAUGUCUUACAGGCGCUUGGAAAUGUUGGUAGAUAUCAGAAGUUUCAGCUGUCUAUGCUGUUUGUAUUUAUGUUGGAAAAUGCUUUUCAUUUGAUAGCGGCAAACUAUAUCAGUUACAGACCAGAUUACAACUGUAAAUCUGUAAAUGCAACAGAGUUGAUCUAUAACCAUUACAAAUCAGCUUCCAACUUAUCUGAUAUAUAUGUUAAAUAUGGAAAGUGCGAAAUUGAUAUUAACGCAAAUGGUACUGAAUAUAAAUUUUCACAGUCUUGUCCAAAUGGUUAUGAAUACGAUAUACCAACAGACAGAUCCACCGUUACAGAGUGGGACCUUGUCUGUGAGGGAUCAGCGCGAUCAGAGUUGGCUCAGACAAUGAUCAUGUUGGGACAAGCUGUAGGUGCUGCUAUUUUCUCUCCUCUUUCUGAUAGAUACGGAAGGAGACCAAUAAACAUUUUGUCUCGAUGUCUUUAUCUAAUAGCCGGGGUGACUGCAAUGUUUUCACCCUCCAUUGCAGUUUUCUCUGUUUUCAGAUUGUUGAUAGGAACAUUUCAAGGAGGCAGUGUGAUGACUGGUACAACCAUGUGUGUAGAGUUACUACCAACAGAAUUUCGUCACAAAGGAGAAGGACUAGCAUUCUUGGCGUGGACAUUUGGGAUUGUUUUUACUUCUGUUGUUGGAUACAUUUGUCAAAAUCUGCCAUGGAGAUAUUUCCAAAUGAUUUUAGGGUUAUUAUCAUGGCAUGUUGUUUUUGAUUGGUUAUUUCUCGACGAAUCGCUAAGAUGGCUCCUUGCAAAUGGAAAAACAAAACAGGCAAUGAAGAUAAUAAAGAAAGCAGCAUCAUGGAAUAAUCAAAGUUUUGAGUCAGUAAUGGAAUCAGUCAAAAAGAAACAACCACUUACUUCUAUGGAGCUCGUUAUACAAACUCCGGAAAAACCCGAAUCAAACGGCGAUCAUCAGCCGUUGGAAGCCAAUGACACGACUGAGGUUAAACAAAAAGUCCACAAAUACUCAGCUUUCACCAUUUUAAAGCAUAAAAAAAUUCUUAUUGUCUCAGUUUUGCUAUGGGUGAUAUGGAUAACAAAUACACUGACGUAUUAUGGGUUGAUGUUAAUGACAUCUAAACUUGCCGGUGACAGAUAUCUGAACAAUAUAUUAGGUGCUCUUGCUGAGGUUCCUGCAAUUAUCCUCCAGCAGCUUAUAAUAAACAGAAUCGGCAGACGAUAUGUACUUGUGAUGUAUCAUGGUCUAGCGGGUGUAACACUAAUCGCUUCCUCUCUAUGUUUCACUUAUUCAAAACAAUAUGAGUGGCUGACACCUCUGUCGACAUUUUUCUCAAUUCUUGGAAGAUUCGCUGCUGUCGGUUCCUUCAGUAGUGUGUUCCUUUAUACUCCGGAGCUGUAUCCUACCAACUUAAGGAAUGUUGGACUAGGCAUGGCGUCAACGAUAUCUAGAAUAGGAUCGAUGAUUUCACCAUUUGCUGCUACUCUGGCUGAUCAAGUAUUUUGGGGACCGGCGGUCAUUUUUGCUGUGCUGAAUAUAAUAUGUACUAUAAUGCUAUUGACCUUGCCAGAAACUAUGGGUCGCCCGCUGCCAACAACAGUUCAUGAGAUGAAAGCUUGGUUCAAAGAUAAAAAACUUUUUGAUGUUCGUUGGCCAAAACAUUAUCGCAACAGAAAGGAGAUGUCUAACAAUUCUUGAUAUUGUGUUAAAUCAUAGUUUUAUCAUACAACCAUGUAGAUACCCAUUUUACUUUUGAAGCAAUUAUCAUCUUUCUACUUUUUUCAUUCUUGCAUUUAUCCUAGAACAGAAACCAUAUUUCAUCAUUAUGCUAUCAUGCCUCACAACAACUUAUAUAAAUCCCUUUCAUUCUGGACAUUUAUCCUAAAACUGAAACAAGUUUCUAUUUAUGUUUAAUAACAUUAACGGUACCAAUUUUCCUGCACUAGAUGCGCAUUUCGACAAUUCAUUUCUCUUCAGUGAUGCUCGUGGCCAAAAUAUGUAAAAUCCAAAGUUUAUAUAAAAGAUGAAGAGCUAUAAUCAAAAAGUUCCAAAAAGUAUAGCCAAAUCCAUGAAAGGAAUCAGAGCUUUGCAUGAGGGAGAUACAUUCCUUUAUUUAUAAUAAUUUUUAUCAUUUUGUAACAGCAAAUUUAAUAACACAAAAAAUCCGUAUUUUCAUGCCAGUACCGGAGUACUGGCUACUGGGCUGGUGAUACCCUCGGGGACUAACAGUCCACCAGCAGAGGCAUCGAUCCAGUUGGAAAUCCAUGAAAGGAAUCAGAGCUUUGCAUGAAGGAGAUACAUUCCUUAAUUUAUAAUAAUUUUUUAUCAUUUUGUAACAGCAAAUUUAAUAACACAAAAAAUCCGUAUUUUCAUGCCAGUACCGGAGUACUGGCUACUGGGCUGGUGAUACCCUCGGGGAAGCUUGACAACAAAGUAUAUAAAUCCUUUUCAUUCUUGACAUUUAUCCUAAUAUUAAAACAAGUUUCUACUUUUAUUUUAUGUUUAUACUUGACUACAAAGUAUAUAAAUCCUUUUCAUUCUUGACAUUUAUCCUACAACUGAAACAAGUUUCUAUUUAUGUUUUAACUUGACAACAAAGUACUAUAUAAAUCCUUUUCAUUCUUGACAUUUAUCCUAUAACUGAAACAAGUUUCUAUUUAUGUUUUAACUUGACAACAAAGUAUAUAAACCCUUUUCAUUCUUGACAUUUAUCCUACAACUGAAACAAGUUUCUAUUUAUGUUUAAACUUGACAACAAAGUAUAUAAAUCCUAUGACAAACAUAUCACCUGGUGAUCUAAUUUUUUUAUAAUAAUAAUAUUUAACCUGAAUAUCUUAUGUUAUCAGAAUAUUGAAAAUUCGAAAAAAAAAUAUGAAUGAAAUAAUAUUUUGAAGCAACAAUACCUACAUUUACUGAGUUAGUUGAUCGCGAAUCAAAAGCGGCAAAACCACAUGCAUUAUUUUUUAGUUCGAAUUAGGUAAAUGUCUUGAUAGUGUGAAGACAGAAAAAUGCAAUGAAUAAAGGCAACAGUUAUAUAUCGCUAUUCAAAAGUCAUAAAUCGGUUGAGAUAAAAACAUAUCAGAGGGAAACACAUCAACUAUAUAAGGAAAACAACGGAACAACAUAAAUACUGAAGUACAACAGAAACAAAAUACUAUGUUAACAUACUUAGUAACAUAACAACUCUUUUUUUAUUGAAAUAAGCAGUAUUUUUUAUUAUUUUUUUUGCUUUUCUCAAAUAUGAUAACCGAAGCAGUUUUUAAUUGAAUUUUAUUGUUUAUUUGUAUGUCGUGUUAAUUUAUAACUUACACAUUAAACUCCGACAAAUUAUUAAUGUGCCUGUUUUAAGCCAGGAAAUAUAAAUAAGUGUUUGCCAAAUACUCUACGAAAAAUCUAUAUUUGUAUUUGACUGUACUUAUUUUUACUCGACCAGUCUGAAUUGGUAUGACUUUUGCUUGACAUUACUCGACCCCAGUCUGAGUUAUACUCGACUGUACUGAAUCGUACUUGACCCUUAUCUUUGUCGUUGAAAAAGUCUGAACUAUUACUCGACCAGUCUGAAACAGUCUUAAUCCAUUCUCGAACUGUACUCGACUUAUUUUUCCAGUGUAAACCAUACUUACAAAAAUGUAACCAAAGGUCUGUACAAUACUCGACCAGUCUGAACCAUACUGGACCAAAUAACUUUAAACUGUUAAAACAGAUUUCUUUUUAAAUGACACAUGUUACAACAGCCAAUAAAAUCAAUGAAUUGUUUAACCUUCAAGUUCAUUAGAAAUAUAUCUAUUAUUUAAAUUUGGGAUAAAAAAAUAUUUUUUAUAUACAAUUUAUAUCAAAAAGGGAGAAAAAUUAAAGAAAUGAAUAAAAUUGAUCUUCUGAUUAGUGGUGAAGUAUAAAGGAACACAUCUGCUUGGGGCAAACUCAGUAAUAAGAUCACACCUGGUCAGAGGUAUAAAAUUCUAAAUAACAUUUAUUCAAAAGAGCAACUCAAAUAACAAGGCCUUUCCAAUAUACGAGAUAAGAAAUAAACGAGAUUAAGAAAAUAUACUUUUCUUUUACCUGUAAUAAAGACACAUUGAGGUAAUAAAACCAUAUUAAAGUGCUUUUUGUAUGCCAUGUCUUUUAUUUGACAAGAACUAAUUUAAAUUUAAUUGCAUGAACUUUUAUGCCGAUAGAAGAGGGGCUUUAUGUUUUUUCUGGUCUGUGCGUCCGUUCGUUCGUUUGUUCGUUCGUCCGUCCGUCUGUCCUUCUGUCCGUUCGUCUCCCUUCAGGUUAAAGUUUUUGGUCAAGGUAGUUUUUGAGGAAGUUGUAGUCCAAUCAACUUUAAACACAGUACACAUGUGCCCUAUGAUAUGAUCUUUCUAAUUUUGAUGCCAAAUUAGUGUUUUGACCCAAAUUUCACGGUUCACUGAACAUAGAAAAUGAUAGUGCAAAUUUCAGGUUGAAGUUUUUGGUCAAGGUAGUUUUUGAUGAAGUUGAAGUCCAAUCAACGGGAAACUAAGUAUACAUGUUCCCUGUGAUAUGAUCUUUCUAAUUUAAAUGCCAAAUUAGAGUUUGUACCCCAAUUUCACGGUCCACUAAACACAGAAAAUGACAGUGCGAGUAGGGCAUCCGUGUUCAUUCUUGUUACUGUUACUUUGGAACACAUUUCCUUUAUUAAAAAGGCUAUUAAAUUAGGGUAGUCAAAAUAUCUGAAAUUAAAUACUCGGAUACUCGGUCAUGCUACUCGAGUACUCGCGAGUACUCGGAUGAAGCUUAAAUGUUUAUUGAAAAGUUUAGAUUUUAGGUAGGAUGCAGUAUUUUUGUAAAUACCUUUCAUAAACAUGUUAACGAAAGAUAAACUACACACAUAGCUUGAUGCUGUUUUGUUUGUGUCAAUUAAACAAUGAAUUACUGGCUGCCGUUUCUAUAAAUAAGCUAUAAUCAUAACAGCAAUAAUUGUCAAACGAGUAUCCGAGUACUAAAACUGUACUAGAGUUCUCGGCCUUUCGAUCGAGUACCCGAGUACUCGAGUACUCGUUGCCAUCCCUACUAUUAAUGAUUGCUAUAGGAAUUCUUUUAUCAGGAUUAUAUUAAAUUAAUCGGUUAAACAAAACAAA